AUGCAUUCAAUAUCUGCCACCCUUUUGGCACUGGCAGGCGCGGCCACAGUAGCAGCGCACAGCUUCGUGUCGAAUAUCAACAUCGACCAGAAGUCGUACCCUGGCUUCCGGCCAAUGAACGGCUCUGUAAACAAUCCCGUCAUCGUCGGUUGGUCGACAUCUGCUUGGGAUCAAGGCUGGAUCGGCGCAACAACUUAUGCCAGUCCCGAUAUCAUAUGCCAUCGCAAUGGCUCGAACGCGAAAGGCCACGCCCCCGUGGCUGCAGGAGAUAAAGUCCACAUUCAGUGGAAUGGGUGGCCGCAGGGACAUAAGGGACCCGUAAUGGAUUACCUGGCACCAUGCGGUGUUGGAGGUUGCCAGUCCGUUGACAAGACUUCUCUGGAGUUUUUCAAGAUCAACCAAGGAGGGUUGGUGAACGCGUCGGCAAUGAGGCCCUACGGCGAGUGGGCCACUGACCAGCUCAUCGCAAAUAACAACUCCUGGCUGAUCGAGAUCCCCCCUGCAAUCAAACCUGGGUUCUAUGUCUUAAGGACCGAGAUCAUCGCCCUACAUAACUUGACCAGCGGUGCACAGCACUAUCCACAGUGUCUGAACCUCGAAAUCACUGGAAACGGAACCGAGGUUCCAUCCGGUGUCCUGGGCGAGCACUUGUAUAAUGCGACCGAGUCGGGCCUGAAACAGGGUCUCAACAUCACAGCUGGUGUAACCAGCUACCUGGUUCCCGGGCCGACAAUUAUCGCCGAUGCUGUUUCGGUAUCCUUGAGUUAUCCUAAGCCUACAGGCACCGGGACUAUCAUCACCGGAACAGCCACCGCUUCUGGGGGGUCGUCUGCCACUGUUCCGGUCGUGACGGUGACGGCGACUGUCACUGCUUCAAAGCCAGGGAAUGCAGGUUCUCUGUUCGCAAGGACAACACAGGCUGUCAACAGUGAUCGGCGAAGAUGGUAUCACCAGGGCUUGGGCUUCUGA